AUGACUGCAAGUACUACCAACAACGUCAUGACUACCGCAAAACCAGCCACUACCAACAACGUCAUAACUACAACAAAACCAGCCACUACCGACAACGUUAUGGCUACUGCAGAACCAGCCACUACCAACAACGUCAUAACUACAACAAAACCAGCCACUAACAACAACGUCAUGACUACUGUAGAACCAGCCACUACCGACAACGUCAUGACUACUGCAGAACCGGCCACUACCAACAACGUCAUGACUACUGCAGAACCAGCCUCUACCAACAACGUCAUAAGUACUGCAGAACCAGCCACUACCAACAACGUCAUGACUACAGGGGAACCAACAACUACCAACAACGUCAUGACUACUGCAGAACCAGCCACUACCGACAACGUCAUGACUACAGGGGAACCAGCCACUACCGACAACGUCAUGACUACAAGGGAACCAGCCACUACCAACAACGUCAUAACUACUCCAGAACCAGCCACUACCGACAACGUCAUGACUACUGCAGAACCAGCCACUACCAACAACGUCAUGACUACUGCAGAACCGGCCACUACCAACAACGUCAUGACUACUGCAGAACCGGCCACUACCAACAACGUCAUGACUACUGCAGAACCGGCCACUACCAACAACGUCAUGACUACAGGGGAACCAGCCACUACCAACAACGUCAUAACUACUGCAGAACCAGCCACUACCGACAACGUCAUGACUACUGCAGAACCGGCCACUACCAACAACGUCAUGACUACUGCAGAACCAGCCACUACCAACAACGUCAUGACUACUGCAGAACCGGCCACUACCAACAACGUCAUUACUACUGCAGAACUGGCCACUACCGACAACGUCAUGACUACUGCAGAACCAGCCACUACCAAAAACGUCAUGACUACCGCAGAACCAGCCACUACCGACAACGUCAUAACUACUGCAGAACCGGCCACUACCAACAACGUCAUGACUACUGCAGAACCGGCCAAUACCAACAACGUCAUGACUACCGCAGAACCGGCCACUACCAAAAACGUCAUGACUACUGCAGAACCAGCCACUACCAACAACGUCAUGACUACUGCAGAACCAGCCACUACCAACAACGUCAUUACUACUUCAGAACCGGCCACUACCAACAACGUCAUAACUACUGCAGAACCGGCCACUUUAACGGCUGUAGUUACAGGGACACAAUUAACAACUGAAGAAAUCACAACUACCACAGACAUGCCCACAACAAGUGAUUUAACAACUGAAGAAAUCACAACUACAACAGAACUGACCUCUACAAGGGAACCAGCCACUACCGACAACGUCAUGACUACAGGGGAACCAGCCACUACCAACAACGUCAAAACUACUCCAGAACCAGCCACUACCAACAACGUCAUGACCACAGGGAACCGGCCACUACCAACAACGUCAUGA